UGCGGAAUGAAUUACGGUCACUCUACCGACGCGUCAACGUAACAUGUUUUACGUUCACCUUAAAUGGCGACCCGUUUACGUAGUAUCUUAUCACGAUCCUAACUAAUUUAUUUGUUAUCUUACAUUAUGCAGAUAGUUGUUGAAUAAAGUUGUACAAGUAUAACAGUUCGUAUCAGCAAAAAAAAGGACGUAUUUCUUGGAUUUAACACCAGAAUGGCGGAAUCACGUGUGUUACCUUUUCAUGAGGGUAACGAGUCAGAUCACACUUGGAAUUAUCACACAACAGCAUUACAAAAUGGCGGACAGGAAACAGAACUCGGACUCAUUAAUACCGGAUACAACGGUCACGCGGUAAUCGAUGAUGACGUAGAUAUUUGCGAAAAUCGUGAUAACGAAAUUAACGAUCGGCGAAUUAGCUUGAAGAUUGAUGAAACAAAUGACAAUGAUGGGGACAAAGACGAAACAAAAGACGAAUAUAAAAGUCUUGUACCGUUUUGUUUUGUAGUUGGAUUUGGAACCUUAUUUUCACAAAGUAUUACCGUGUACUUAUCUUCACAAAUCACUGUUCUAGAACGGACCUUUGGUCUAAGUAGCUCGAAAAGUGGAUUCUUGUUGAGCGCAAAUGACAUAGGUUUUGUUGUGACAGUUCUGCUGGCGAGUCAUUUUCUGAAAAAUCAUAAUAUUCCACGAGUAUUGGCGAUAUGUAUUUUCGUAUUUGGCGUCUCCGGGAUAGUGACCAGCCUGCCGCAUUUUAUUACGGACGAGAAGGAGAUGACUGUGCAAAGCUCCAAAGCGAACUCUAGCUCAACUAACACAUAUCUAUGUGUCCCUGGAUUACAGGGCAACUCUUCAGAGACACAGACAUGCGCACAGCGUACUGGAACAGAGACAAGCGGAGGAAAUACGUGGGUUGUCGCCCUUAUAGCCACCACGAUGGCAAUACAGGGUGUGGCAAAGGCACCUAGAGUACCUCUGAGUAGUCUGUACGUCGAUAACAACUCUUCGAAAGAGAAAACGGGAUUUUACAUAGGGAUUCUGAUGUCAUUUUCUAUAUUUGGACCAUUUAUUGCGUUAACGGCUGGAGGGUUGUUCAACAAGUUACCGGUAGAUCUUAAAGAUACUUCCUUGACGCCUGAUGACCCCAGAUGGAUUGGUGCGUGGUGGUUGGGAUUCAUUGUAUUUGGAGCAUGCGCAGUCUUAACCUCUUUCCCGAUUUUCUUUUUCCCGGCUUCUUUGCGGAAGAAAGAAGAAAGAACUCGCGUGCAGCAAGCGGAAUAUGCCAACAGUUCUGUUAUAGAAUCGUCACCAACUUUUACAGAAACGCUUAAAGAUCUGCCAAAAUCAGUGCUCCGGGUACUGCAACAACCGGUGUAUGUGUGUAACUUACUGUCCGUAUUAUGUCUGGUUUUCGCCUUCAUGGCAUAUGCAUCAUUUGGUCCCAAGUAUAUUGAAAAUCAGUUCAGAAUCCCGACAUGGAAAGCUAACGUAAUAUUAGGUCUCGAGAAGCUGGUUACUACGGUGAUUGGGACGUUUCUUGGUGGUGUUAUCACACGGCGACUCCGGCUCGGUUUGUACGGUUGUGUCAAGAUGUUAUUACUCUGUCGCUCUGUCUCGUGUCUUUGCCAGUCAGUCAACUUCAUUUUAGGCUGUGAUAACCCUCUAAUUAUUGGACUUACUGCCGAAAAUAGCCGAGCAGAAACUUCAUCCUGUGAUUGUACAAUGACACCGUAUCUGCCUAUGUGUUUGGGGGAGCAGACAUUCUACUCACCCUGUCAUGCGGGAUGUUCAUCGGAAAUACAAGGGGUAUAUUCAAACUGCACUGCGGCAAACUCAGAUGGCUCAAUGACAGGAACAGUAACUCCAGGAUUAUGCGGUGGCGAAUGUUCAUACUUACUUCCCUUCAUUGUUCUGAACGCCUUCAGCUCGUUGAUUGGAACAAUGACAAUAUCCCCUUCCUACGUCACAAUGCUCAGAUCAGUGCCCGAUAAAGAUCGAGCGAUGGCCGUUGGGUUGCAGUCAUUUCUUAUGGCACUUCUAGUAUUCCUACCAGCACCAAUAGUGUAUGGUGGUGUAUUUGAUUCGCUGUGUCUUUUGUGGAAAUCAACUUGCUCUGGUAAAGGUGCCUGUCUUUUAUAUGACGUAACAGAGAUGCGGUACAAAUUGGUGGGAAUCAAUGUAGGCCUGAUAGUUAUUGGCCUGCUACUGACGUGCGUCACGUGCCUUUUUGCAAGAAGGAAAGUAGCAGACGAAAGCAGACGUCUUAGAAAAUCCAUAGAAGUCAAGCCCCCAGUUCCUCAGCCAAGACCUUCUCUUUCAAAAUGAGGAUAUAGCUUAAGCUUAAAGAGAACAAAAAUUCGUUACAGUGUAUGUUGUCUUCACGCCUGAAACAAUCAUCUUGUAGAAAGUUUCAGUAUAUUUUGUCAUUUUUCGAAGACCAUUUUUAGACAUACACACGUACAUUUACUUCUAUCGUCUGGUUACACAAAAAGAUAAAAAUACACAGACGUCAUGUGAUAAUAAGGUUACUUCUUGUUGCAGCACUGAGCGUCAUAAACCCUGCUAUACGAUGUGAAGUUUUAGAACAGUUAGCGGGUUUUAAAGACGUGCAUUUUUUUGCAUAAAACCUUUGUUUUUGCCAAUUUCGGGCAUGCACUAACAGGGGACAUUUAUUUUUGUAAGAUGUAACAACUAUAUUAUACCCAGUGCAAUCUUUUCUUUCGAAAUUUCAAAUCAACAUCUGUAUAUACUAAAAUGAUAUUAACAUUUUCAAUGGAAAGCUUAUGUUCCAUAACUAAUGUAGCCUACACGAUUCCGUAAUCAACAAUUCACACUGAAUCGUCAACGGCUGAUCCUAUAUAAAUAGUACCUGUUUAGGCUACCAAACAAUCGAUAUGUCCUAGCUUCAGUAGAGAUUUAUAUAUAUUUAUGUGCGUAUCUUUUACAACGAUUUCUGUUAAUAAUAUGCUUAAAAGAAAAUAUCCAAUCGGAAUCGGUAAAGGAGAACUUGAGAAAUUCAUUGACUUUUAUAAAGAAAAUUCGUACACAUGCAAUAAAACUUUAUUUCAAAUAUAAAAAAAAACUUUUUGUGAAAAUAUGUAUGCGUAUUUACUGUUUGAACAACCACCGAUCAGAAUAAAACUUUACCUACUCAUAUCAUAUCACGUUAGAGCCUCAAUAUGUAAAAUGGCGCACCUGCAGGAUAUUCCAAAAACUUUUAAAAAUUUAAAGAAAUUUAUCAUUUCCGAUCAAAACAUAUUUCUCUCGGACAUCAGGUCCACUGAACUGAUACUUCUGUCUAGAAUACAAGGAAUGUGGGCAUCAAAAAAAACACAAACAACGUAAUGUUAUUAAGAGAAGUUUUCAUUUUUUUUUCUUUCCAUAUUUUGCUGAAAGAUUACUAAUUGGCACACUGAAUGUUUACUUAAUUGCAAUAAAUAUUUCAAGCAAAAAAUUAUGACAUCAUUAAGGUACCGUCUUAACUAGAAAACAAAAGUAUUAUUGCUACAAAUAUUUUCAAUUACAAAAGCAACAGUCGAUCAUCUGUUUUUGACCAUUACCGAUUCUGAUAAUUAUCAUUAACAGAAAUCGCACAAAUAAACGCAUUAUUAGUGAUGUUUAUUUUUUUUUACUAUUCUGGUGUUGUAUAUUGUCCAAACAUAUUCCAAAAUGUAUCAUCCUAACUCUGUAACACAUCCAGAAGUAGCACCCCACAACUGUAACAUAUCAUUCUAAACUGUAACCUUUUAUAAACCCACGAAAAAUUAGACCCACAGUAUUUUUUCUGCCUCGAAUUAUAAGUGCAUGCCUAUAGGGGUUUUAUCGAUGCAAAUGAGCAUAAAAUAUGGUUGAAAUAUCUUUUAAUCAAUUCCUUUUUGAUGAUUUUACAUCAAAAUUUCGAAUUCUUUCAUAGAUUUAAAUGCUUGAUAGACUUCAAUAUACUGUCUUUCGCAUGUUAAGUCAUGUCUCAAAUGACGUCCAUACCAUUGUUCUAGAAAUACAAUUGAUAUUUUUUGCUAAAAAGAGAUACAUUUUUACCAUUUAUUUUGUCGGAACAAACCACCGCCAGCGAUUAUUAUCCUUCAUAUGUUGUAACGUUAUCCGGGAAAACUGUAGCAGCAGCAUCCUAACUCUGUAACAUGAUAUCCUCCAUAACCGAGUCUCGUAACAGUCCCCUUUCCCCCCAACCCCACCCCCACCACCACCCCCCAAGUCCCUCGGGCUAUGUUGAUGCACUCAUCCUACAGGCUCCAAUCUCUCGGGAUUCUGCAGAUGUUGUUACACGAAAGAACGUGCGUUAACCCUACACGACCAGGGCCGUACGCUUACAUGAUACGCAGACCUUUUAAUCAGUUUUAUUGCAGGGCACACGAUCUUAUUAGGCUUUGGGUCACAUUUUUCGGAGAUAGUGUAGAACUAGAUCAAAUUUAUUAAAAUGCCGUUUAAGUAAGAAGCUCGGAUACAUUACUUUAGUCAUUUCUAACAAAGGGAGAAGUCGAGAGGGGUCCUUAAGAAUGGCAUUGUUUUCAAAAUAUACCUUGUUACAAUUCUUUAUUAUGCGCCCCCCACCCGCCUUCGAAGAAGGAGGGGUAUAUUGUUUUGCAGAUGCCGGUCAGUCUGUCCGUUGGUCGGUCGGUCCGUAUGUAGACCAAUCCGUUUCCGGAUGAUAACUCAAGAACGCUUUGGCCUAGGAUCAUGAACGUUGAUAAGGAGGUUGGUCAUCACCAGCAGAUUACCCCUAUUGAUUUUGAGAUCUGUAUGUCAAAAGUCAAGGUUGCAGUGACCCUGAACAGUUAAAUGGUUUCCGGACGAUAACUCAAGAACGCUUGGGCCUAGGAUCAUGAAAGUUGAUAGAGAGGUUGGUCAUGACCAGUAGAUGACCCCUAUUGAUUUUGAGAUCAGUUUGUCAGAGGUCAAGGUCACAGUGACCCUGAACAGUUAAACGGUUUCCGGAUGAUAACUCAAGAACACUUUGGCCUAGGGUCAUGAAAGUUGAUAGGGAGGUUGGUCAUGACCAGCAAAUGACCCCUAUUGAUUUUGAGUCAGUAUGUCAAAGAUCAAGGUCACAGUGACCCAGAACAGUUAAACGGUUUCCGGAUGAUAUCUCAAGAUUGCUUAGGCCUAGGAUCGUGAAAGUUGAUAGGGAGGUUGGUCAUCACCAGCAGAUAAUCCCUAUUGAUUUUGAGAUAAGUAGUCAAAGGUCAAGGUCACAGUGACCAGGAACAGUAAAACGGUUUCCGGGCGAUAAUUCAAGAACGCUUGGGCCUAGGAUCAGGAAAAUUGAUAGGGAGAUUGGUCAUGCCCAGCAGAUGACCCCUAUUGAUUUUGAGGUCAGUAGGUCAAAGGUCAAGGUUACAUUGACCCGGAACAUUUAAACCGUUUCCAGACAAUUACUUGAAAACGCUUAGGCCUAGGAUCAUGAAACUUGAUAGGGAGGUUGGUCAUGACCAGUAGAUAACCUCUAUAGAUUUUGAGGUCAGUAAGCCAAAGGUCACGACUUGACCUGUAACAGUUAAACCCUUUCCGGACAUACCUUGAGAACGCUUGGGCCUAGGAUCACGAAACUUAAUAAGGAGGUUGAUCAUGACCAGCGGAUGAUUUUGAGGUCAAUAGGUUAAAGGUCAAGGUCACAUUGAACCAGAAAAGUAAAACUUGUUUUGUUUACAGUGAGCAUAUAAUUUCUGUUCCUUGUGCAAUCACUGAAUGCAUCAACAUUUCGUGUUCGACGAGCUCUUGUUUGUUUUGAAAUUUGACACUUAUGUUCAGUAAGCAUUUAAUACAUGUUAGAUUUUCUCUUGAGGUAUAUUUCAAAUCUUAUUUUUCUAUCCUGGUUGUCCGACAAAGAUAGAGUUAUUUGACUAUAAGUAUAAAUUCGAUAAACAUAUUUUGCCUAAGGAAUGAUAUGGGUAAAAGAACAACUUUUUCUCUUAUAUUUGUCAAAGGUUUACGUUCACUAUUUUAUAUUUAGAUAAAAUUCAGUAGAAACGAACUUUUUAGAAUUAUAAUUACCUCCCUUUUGUUUAUCUUGAUUGCCUAUUCACCAAGACAGACUUGAAAUUCUUGAAUUCUGAAGCUACCUUGCAUUUAGGUUCAGAGUGUUGAAAUAUCCGGAUACUUAUUAAAUAGAAAUAUACU